CGUGCGCGUUGUUUUCGUGCACAAUUCUCGCGAAACGUGCUCACCACGUUGCACGUUCAUCAGGGGCGCGGGCGCCUUAGUAAUUACUGUGAUUAUUAACACCUACAAGUAAUUUGGUUUCGACUACGAGAUGGCUCCAUUCACACGCAAGGGAAGAAAUCCUGGCCCUGUGGAUGAGUGGCUGGAGACGCUGGGAUACUACAGAAAAAACGUUGCGUACGACGAAACGUGUUUGUUUAGAUCUAUCAGCGAGCAAUUGUUUUCUAGUCAAUUAUUUCACGAAAAGAUAAGAAAGGAGUGCAUUGCGUACGGUAGAGCUCAUCACAAUGAAUUUACGAAGUAUAUUUCUGGUAAAGAGGAUUGGGAAGUGAGAAUGAAUCGACUUGAGAAACAUAUGGCUAUUUGUGGGCGGGUCGAAAUUAGUUUGAUUUCAAAAACUUACAAUAAAGGAAUUGUACUUUUUGAUGGUGUUAACUUGCAAAUCAAAGAGUUGACUGGAAAUGAGUUUGAAGAGAACUUAUUUAUUUGUCAUAUGGGUGAGGAUCAUUAUGAUGCUGUGUACUAUAAAUCUUAUAUUCAGGAUGCUGGAUUUUGUCAAUCAAUUGUCUACAAUGUACUAUAUGAAAACGUCUUCCACAUCCCCAAAAUAGUCGAAAUUGUUGAGACAAUGUUGUAUCACAAACCAAUGCUUACCUACAACGGGAAAGGAUACACCGAAGAUGUGAACGGGAAUAAAGAACGCUGUUCCAAACGAGAUUACUACAGGCAAAACGAAAAUGUGCUCAGAUAUGACGGUACAAUUGAAUUUAAAAAGUGCCUAGGUGCAGAUAAUAAAGAACAACAGUUGAAUGACUAUGAGUACAUGCUCAAAACAAAUCUCGCGCCUUUUCCGUUUAAAGUGGCUAAAGCGUUGGAUCCUUCGAUUUACAGGAACAUUGAGUAUGAUACCUGGACAGAGAUGCGCAAAGUUGUUUUAAUAGAAAUGCGACUUGGAGAUUGGUAUUACGGUGAUAACAAUCUUAUUGAAGGAUCAGGAUGUAUUCUGAACGAACACGGUAGUGAAAAUCAUUGUUAUAUCCAAGAAAUUUUAAAGAACGAAAACGCAGCUAUUGUUUUCCUUACUAAAAUGGGUGAGAAACGACGUGUGAGGUUAAGUGAUCUUCGACCGGAAGUUGACGCCAAGCCGUGGCCGUUACCAUACAGAUUCUCUAAGCAUCUUGUAAUCUCUAUACCGAAGUUGGAAUUGCCUGAAAGGAAAGGUUUUCGUAAACGACGCGAGAAAAAACGAACGAUUUCGAAGUGUAGCAGUACUUCGGAGGUUGCCAUUGAAGUGUCCAUAUCUGAUCAGAGUAAUAAUAAUCUGAAUGUGCAUACUUUUGAAGGAGCGCCUCUGCAUCAACAAAUGCAACCACCACAACAACUUCUUACGCCAAAAUUGGAGAUUGCCGAAGCUCCAGUAUCAAUGCCAUUGGUUGAAAAUUCACCAGCACCGCCUCCGGAAACAAACCAGGUGACGUAUGAAAAUGGAUGGCAACGAAACGAAACGAUUGUAUGGCCCCCAACGCCACCUGUCACUCAAAAUGUCUUCACUUACAAUACAAUGGUGCCAACAUCACCGGAUGUCUAUCAUCAUGACCACCAAGGUACUUAUUAUCCAAAUGAAUACCAAGCAUAUAACAUCUGGCCAAAUGGUGAAUUCCUGCCGCCAUUACCUACACAAAACCAAAUUGCGCAAAGUCCCCAAACUGAGAUCCCUAUCACCCCAGAUGGUUUUAGCUAUGUCUUCAGUGAUGGCAGCAACUACUCUCCGAAUUAUUAUCCGAACAAUCGAGGAUAUCAAACUGCUUUGAAUAGUCCACAGCUUGAAAUUUUCCAUCCACAACCAGUUUAUCAGUCCACAAUCGGCACGCCGGUGAUAAUCGCUCCAACAACCACCGAGAUUAUACCGACGCCAUCGCCGCUUCCUCACGUAUCACACGUGACCAUGUACAGCCCUGCGAUUGAAAUGCCUUGCUCUUAUUAUCCUCCACCAAGUCCGUUCAUGUUUCCGCCUACGCCUACACAACCCACCUGGUAUCAAGCACCGCCUGUAAAUUCACAAGGUUUUAUUUUUCCCACUAUCAAUGUAACGCCAACAUCGCCUGCCCCCGUGGCGCAAUAAUAGCAAUUUAAAAUUUAUAGGAUCUCAACAUAACCAACCUUUGGUUACCUGAUCUCAAUUUACGUGCAAGUAGGUUUAAGUAGAUAAAAUUGAUGGUUAAAGUUAAUAUUUCAUUAUUAGUUAAUUGUUGUUAAAUACUUGUUGAUUAUCUGAAGAGAUUUAAUGGGUUAUGCGUUGUCAUUAGUCGGAUUGUCUCCACAAGCAGCUGUUUUAUACUUGCGAUCGCACUUUUGACAUCAUGUAAUAUGUUUUCAUAGUUAAUUCUUGCAAAUAUUUAUUUAUCCUUAGAUUUAUUUAGAAUUCCAUAUUUAUUUCAUUUAAACUGUUCGAAUUUCUACUUGAGUUGGAUAUUAAUUGUCGUAUCGAAUGUACUUUUUUGUUUGGCUGACACUCAAAAGCCAGUUAUUAUUAUUACUUUUUAUAUUGUUGAACUAUUGCCAAAGAAUUAACUAGAUGAAUAAUAAAUAAUUGACUACUAAA